UCCGAAGUCGCGUGUGGAAGUUUAACUUCUAAGAGCAAAGUAUGCAAACACAGUGCGCAGAGUGAUUAAUUUCAAAUAAUCUCAUACAUCAGCUUGUGCCCGUAUCUGCCUAUUAGAAACCAAGAGGAAUAAAAAAAUACGAUGAAGAACUUCUAUGAGGUACUGGGCAUCGGUCGCGGGGCCUCCGAGGAUGAAAUCAGGAAGUCAUACCAUCAACUAGCCCUCCGCUACCAUCCGGACAAGAAUAAGAACUCGGACGCAGAACGUAUCUUUAAGAUUGUAGGCCAAGCAUAUAAGGUUCUAUCUGAUUCAAAUCAGCGCGCCGCAUACGACCAGAUCUUGCAACCCGAGCAGACCUUGCAAUCCGAGCAGACCUUGCAACCCGAGCAGACCUUCCAAUCCAACCAGACCUUGCAAACCAUGCUAAAACCGGGUUCAAGGAAACUACGACGUCUGCAAGAUCCGGACAUCAUGAUCGAUUUACCAGUAUCAUUGGAGCAAAUCGCCACUGGAUGCACAAAGCUUUGGAAGUUUCAAAGGCAGGAGAUCAUGCCUGACGGACGCCUUGUGAUAAUGGAUAAAACUCUACAAAUCUAUGUUUGUCCGGGCUGCCCGUCCAACACAAAGAUCGUAUUCUACAAGGAAGGAAAUCAGGUGCUUAAUCGCAUCCCAGCUAACAUCGUGUUUACCGUCCGGGACAUACCACAUCCGAGCCUAAUUCGUGAAGGCCACAACCUUAUAUUCAAGGUGAAGAUUUCACAGAUGCAGGCGCUCUAUGGCGUCGACAUUAAAGUGCCGACUCUUCAGGGCUGUUUGCUGAAUAUCAGCAUCUUUGGCUCAGUGAUCAAACCGGGAUCGACUCAUCAUAUAAAGGGCGGAGGACUGCCCUAUCCAGGUUCGGAAAUCAAAGGCGACAUUGUGGUCUGUUUCGAGAUCAUGUGACCAAGCACAGUAAACGGCUCAACCAGUAAUACGUCUCUUCACAAAGAAUCAAAUGCCAUAAUAAUAAACUAAAAGUACAACUAAAAUAACUGACGCUCUGGAUUAUACCCAGAAUAUCCAUAAAUGUAUAUUUAAAUAAAGCUACAUAAUCAAA